AUGUCAGCCGUUCAAACUUUCGGCAAGAAGAAGACUGCCACCGCCGUGGCUCACGUCACCCCCGGUCGAGGUCUCGUUAGAUUGAACGGAUCUCCUAUCUCCCUCGUUGAGCCUGUCGUCCUCCGAUACAAGGUCUACGAACCUAUCCUCGUCGUUGGUCCCGAGAAGCUCGCCAACCUCGAUAUCAGACUUAGAGUAAAAGGUGGUGGUCACGUAUCUCAACUUUACGCUCUCCGACAAGCCAUCGCCAAGGGUAUCGUUGCCUUCUACGCCAAGAACGAAGAUGCCGCUUCUGCCCUCGAACUCAAAAAGACCCUCAUCGCCUACGACCGAACCCUCCUCGUUGCUGAUCCCCGAAGAAUGGAACCCAAGAAGUUCGGUGGUCGUGGUGCCAGAGCAAGACGACAAAAGUCUUACCGAUAA